AUGUGUAGUAAGACAAGCAGUGGAAGAAGGUAUGGAGACGAUGAUUACUCUGGUUUGUGUCCCAAGAAACAGAAACAUAACCCUAACAAUAACAAUAAUAAUGGAAGAAGAAGAGUCCCAAGAAGAGGUCCUGGUGUCGCUGAACUCGAGAAGAUCCGUCUCGAAGAACAACACAAAUCUCCGUCUCUACAACUUCCAUCUCCUCCUCCUCCGCCGCCGCCGGAAAAACCUCCGUCGGCGUUUCUUCCGACAUCCACCGAGAGAACCGGUCCGGUUUUCCCGUUCUCUUCUUAUUUCUCAACCGGUUCUUUCCCUGAUGAUCUGAUCCCUCCGGCUCCGGUUUUUCAGAGGAAUCACUACCUUCCACCGAUGAAUCUAUCUAGUCCAGGAUCAGGAGGAUUCUAUCAGUUUAUAGAGCCUCCUUUAAACCAAACAUCUCGCCUCAACAAUGUCUCUCAAUUUCUAGACGAAGAAAAGAUGGUGGCUGCGAAGAGGCCAUGGCAUUAUAUCGCAGAGACCACCACGAAAUGUAGUGUUGGACCGACUAUAACCAUCUCAAGAGAUGAUGGUAGACAAAUCAAGCCACUAGACCACCAAAGGUUGAAAAAUCAUUUUCAUGAUUCAGGAAACACAAUUAGAAAUCCAAUCACCAUUGAUUCUCCUUCUCCCGCAACUCCGAUUAUACGAAAUUCUUCACUCGAUUUUCCUCUCUUCGUACAGAAAGAAGAUUUUGAUCAUGAAUUCUUGCCAAGAAAGACCGGUGCUAAUUUUCCCUCAAACAGAAAACCGUUCUACAGCUUCUUGCCCGCGAGUGAGCAGAGUACUCGAGACCAAGAUCUAUCCUUUAGCUUGAGAACCGAUAGAUAUGACACAGUCACUGAUCACGGCAUCGAUCUUCGACUUAAGUUAUAA